GAAUAACAAACGAAGAAGACCUACUUCCGUUUUGAGGCUCGAGAUGACCGGAAAUAAACAAACGCCCACAAGCUGAGAGGAGGGAAGAAGCGUUAGCUCGGAUAACAGAGCUGCUCCCACUAAUACCCGCGGUCGGUUAUUUGGCAGCUGAGCUCUCGGAGGUCGCCGUCAUGAUGACAACCAAGAGGCUGGACAACUUUGAGGUGGUGUGCGAGUGGGCUUCGUGCAACUUCAAGGGCCGCACCAUGGAGGAGCUGAGCGAUCACAUGUUUCUGCAUCUGAAGGACUACCUGGGAGACAACGACGCCUUGGAGGACCUGGAUGAGUAUGCUUGUCUCUGGAAUGGAUGUGUAUUCCUUUCCAUGGGUAGCCCCGCGGAGCUGGAGGUCCAUGCGUACUUCCACAACUACCACGGUAAGCUCAAGUUUGUCGGGUCACAGCUGCUCAAGUCCCGUCCUGAUCUGCCCAGCUGCAACCAAGGCUUGCACAGCAACAACCUGGUUCCGGAGGGAUCAGAUGGAUACGUUUGCCAGUGGGAGCAUUGUGAUAGCACAUUUAACAAUCCUGAGUGGUUCUACCGACAUGUGGACAAUCAUGUUGAAAGCGCCGAGCCGCAGUCCCUCCCGCAACAAUUGCAGGCUCUCUUCUGCCACUGGACAGGCUGUGAUGCUUUCUUUAAAAUCAAAUACCGCUUAAGGGAGCACAUGCGGAGUCACACUCAGGAGAGACUUGUCGCCUGUCCCACAUGUGGCAGCAUGUUCUCCAGCAACACAAAGCUGUUCGACCACUUGCACAGACAGGCCGAGCCAGUAGAGUCGCUGGUAUGUGAACAUUGUGGCAAAGCUUUUUCCAGCGAGAGGCUUUUGAGGGAUCAUGUGCGUCAGCAUGUGAAUCAGGUAAAGUGUCCCUUCUGUGACAUGACGUGCACCACUUUGGCAGCUUUGAAGAUCCACAUCAGGUUCCGCCACUGUGAUGAGCGGCCAUUCCCGUGCGACUUCUGUGACAAGAGAUUCAAGAACCAGCCCGAUCUACAAAAGCACACCGAGGUUCACAAUGAGGGCGCGGUGUACCACUGCACGGUGGAGGGCUGUGCCUAUUCCUGUCACACAAUCCAGACCAUGAGCCAACACUACAAAAGAGUACACGAGGUCGGGGGGAUGUCCAAAUAUAAAUGCCACAUCUGUGAUAAAGUCUUCUCGUGGUGUUACACUCUCACACUUCACCUUCGCAAGAAGCAUGAGCUGAAAUGGCCUUCUGGACAUUCCCGCUUCAGAUACAGAAAGGAUGUCGACGGCUUCCUCAAAGUAAACAUGGUGCGGUUUGAGACGGUGGAAGUGACCAAGGAGAUCAUGAAGAACAUGGCCAAAAAGCCGCAGAGCCUGCGGAAGAGUCAGAGAACCAGCAUGCGGAACAAGAAGGCCGCCGCGACGCCGGAGAGCGGCCGAAGCUCUCCCGCGGGAUCCUCCUCGCCCUCCUCCAGCUCCUCCUCCUCGUGUUCCUCGGAGCUGUCCGGAGGCGAGGACGCUUCGUCUCAGCCCAGCCCCAGAGGCAGUGACUCGCCCGUCUACUGUGUCAUGAGCACCAUCCCCCACAUUGAGGAGGAGCCGGGAGGAUCAUCUCAGGAGGACUGUGAUGGCGGCGGGACAUCAGGAGCAGUGCAGGCCCUGACGGAGGUUGCGAGGGGCCUGGGCAUGGACGUGGUGUGAUUCCAUCCAUCACAGGAACUAUUUCAGCUGGCUUGCAAUGACAUUGGUUUGCUUCUUCUGGUUUAUUUUGCUGUGAAGCUGCCAGUGGAGACUGGAACCUUUUUAAAAUCAGCUUUGCGUUCUUUGGUGUUUUUUGGAGGGCUGUGACAUUGAAAUGGUUGUGUUUGCACUGGUUUUGGAGACCAUACUUAUGUUAUAGCAUCUCCUGUCUAUGGGGUUCCCUGUCAAUGUUUAUGAUGAAGCUUUCAUGAAAGAGAUGAUUUGGGAGUCAUUAAUGUGCUUUAUUAUAUUAUUUGAUAUUUUCUUGGUGUAGCUUGACAUGGUAAUUUAUACAACAUAAUUGUUAAAAGUUGUUUUGGAAUUUUGCGUAAUUUCAUUGCUACAAACAUUCAAUAUAAUUAAAAUAAUUUUAAUUUAAUAAUUUUUUCUUUCAGUCAAAUUACAAGAAAAUGAUGUAAAAUUUCAUUCCUAGCGUUCUUUAUUAAGAAUAUAUUUGUCUAAUUAAAAGUGUUCUAGUCCAUUA